GUUCGUUGCAUAUUCUGAUAGAAACGCAAUAGCCGCAUGAUCAGCAUCGUCGUAACGUAGAAAACCAAGAAGUUCAGACAGCUCAUUUACAUUGUUCAGUGUGUGUGCAAUGCUGACGAGUACUAGUAGUUGAUUGUGUGUGUGUAUGUGAGUGCGUGAGAUGGCUCGGGGUGUUGCUGUGGUGUCGUCGGUGUUGCUGGCAUUGUCCUUGCUGGAGGCUGUAAGGGGUCACUACACACCGACAUGGGCUGUGCACGUGCCGGCGGGCAAAGAGGCGGCAGAUGCCGUCGCGAGGGACCACGGAUUCAUCAACCUUGGAGAGAUAUUCGAGAAUCACUUCCACUUCCAUCACAAUUCCAUAUCGAAGAGGUCGUUGACCCCUGCGCACGAGCACCACGGGAAGUUAGAAGGAGACUCCCGGGUGCGGUGGGCCAAACAACAGCGGGCUCUCUCCAGGAAAAAGAGGGACUACCUACCUAUACAGUAUUCAGACCUCUCUUCCACAGCUGAGACGAAGUUAUCGGACGCACUGAUGCCUUCGUCAGCGUCCAAAAGGGAGACAGGGUCGAAGCGAGAGCUGCAUCAGAGCCGCGUGAAGGGCCGGCCCAGAGCCGCUGACUCCAAGUUCCAGUUGAACGACCCCAAGUGGCCUCAUAUGUGGUAUUUGAAUCGGGGAGGAGGUUUGGACAUGAACGUAAUUCCGGCGUGGCGGGAAGGUAUCACUGGCCGGGGAGUCGUGGUCACCAUAUUAGAUGACGGCCUAGAGACAGACCAUCCAGAUCUAAUAGCCAAUUAUGACCCGAUGGCGUCAUACGACGUGAACUCACACGAUUCCGAUCCUCAGCCGCGGUACGAUUUGGUGGACUCCAACCGACACGGCACCAGGUGUGCGGGGGAGGUAGCGGCCACUGCGAACAACUCCAUGUGCGCUGUGGGGGUCGCGUUCGGCGCAAGAGUUGGAGGUGUACGUAUGUUGGAUGGUGACGUCACAGAUGCUGUAGAAGCCAGAUCUUUAAGCCUGAACCCUCAACAUGUAGACAUUUACAGCGCAUCCUGGGGUCCAGACGACGAUGGAAAGACCGUCGAUGGACCGGGAGAACUAGCCACGAGAGCAUUCAUCGAGGGAGUCACAAAGGGGCGUAACGGCAAAGGGUCGAUAUUCGUUUGGGCUUCAGGCAACGGUGGUCGGGAGCACGACAAUUGCAACUGUGAUGGCUACACAAACUCUAUAUGGACGCUCUCAAUAUCUUCCGCCACAGAACGCGGAGAGGUGCCCUGGUAUUCAGAAAUGUGCAGUUCUACGCUCGCUGCGACCUACAGCAGUGGUGCUAUCAACGAGAAACAGGUGGUGACAACUGACUUACAUCAUUCCUGCACUGCGGGUCAUACGGGCACGUCGGCGUCGGCGCCGCUGGCCGCCGGCAUCUGUGCACUGGCACUUCAAGCUAAUAGGGACCUGACAUGGAGAGACAUGCAGCACAUUGUGGUACGAACCGCUAAGCCGGAGCGGCUGAGUCUCGGCGGUGAGUGGCGCGUGAACGGCGUCGGUCGCAACGUGUCGCACUCGUUCGGAUACGGCCUGCUUGACGCUGCCGGCAUGGUGCGACUGGCCAGGUCCUGGAGGACGGUACCGCCACAGCGCAGGUGUGAACUAGCCGCGCCCAGGUCGCAGCGGCUCAUACCAGCAACAUCGUCGGUCUCUCUUCAAUUGGAUGUGGGGUCAUGUCCUGGAGUGAACUAUUUGGAGCAUGUGCAAGCUCGCGUCUCACUGUCAGCGGCGCGGCGAGGCGAUAUUCGCAUCACUUUGACAUCACCAGCCGGUACCAAAGUUACCCUGCUCGCUCCCAGAGCACACGAUUCCUCCAGGGCAGGAUUCAACUCUUGGCCUUUUAUGUCCGUGCAUAUGUGGGGAGAGUCCCCGCUAGGUGUCUGGCAACUCGAAGUGUCAAACGAAGGCAGAUACAGUGCUGGACCGCUUUCUCAGUGGGAACUGAUCUUCUAUGGUACUGAGACGCCCCCUCAAGAGUUUGACGCCUCGCCUGAGACGAACGCGUUGGCUCCAAACCCAGUUGUUCCAGUGACUUUAUGGAAUCCCAGCGAACCCGAGUCUGUGGAAGAAAUCAAGCAGAAUGCCAUUGAAGAUGACCCAGCUUUGGUGUGGCAUGAUUCACAUACGAUUCGUGAAGAGAGCAUACCGUCGUUGGUGGCGAGCGACCCAGGCGUCAUCGAUCAGCAAUACGCGGGUAACGGCGCGUGCGCAACGCACGCACAUACGCCACCCCAUCGCUGCCUAGAAUGCGCGAAGGGUUUGCACUUGUCCGAUGGACGAUGCUACGAACAUUGCCCAGGAGGCACUUACCCCAGCGAGGUGCUAACAGAAGGGAAAUCAAGAAAACGUAAUUUGACGUAUACCGAAGGUAACGGCUCUGCUGUUCAGAAAAGACAGAAUAUUGUGGGGCCAAAGCCAACCGCGUUCGAAGCUUUAGACUUGGAGCCGGCGGGGGCAGCCAUGUCGCCUCUUAUUUGUCUUCAAUGCCAUUAUACCUGUGCUAGCUGUACGGGUCCGCUCAACAGUCAAUGCACAUCAUGCUUAGACGACGCUCGACUCGUUAACCAAACAGACGUUGAAUUGAAAGUUUACUGCUACCCCAUAACAGUAUUACCGCAGAUAGAAAACGUGAACUGGCACUACAGACUAAACAUAGCUCUCUCCAUAAUAUUAUUUAUCGUAGCGUUUUUUCUCUCUGCAUACUUUUUGAUAACUUGUAUUUUUAAAGGCUGUUCAAAUACCUGCUGCGGAGGUAACUACAAUUCUAAUAUCAAUAUAGCGUAUAAUAAAUUAGCUGUCGAUGAAAAGGUCCAAAGUGCUGUUGAAGUUGAAGAUGAAAUAAAGAAGGCUCUGAAUGAUACAAGCGAUAGCGAAACAGAAGACGAUCUUAACUUAUAGCAAUUGCUCACAUUCCGCCCAGAAUAUUACGAAUUAAUCGAACAAGUAAAUGUUAGUGAAUAGUGUAGGUAAACACAAUGCCUAUGUGAUAUUGAAAAUAGAUUGUCACAAGUAAUUAAUUCAUAAUAAUAAUUAUAUUUAGCAUUUGCUUUCUAUUACACUUGUGUGAGUACAUGAAUAUUGGAAUGUGUACAAAAGACAUCGAUUAGAUUUUAAAAUUAUAUUUAGCUACUCGUCGGUCCAAAGAACUAAACUGAAAUCUUUAAAAUUCUGUUUAUUUUACUUCCUACAUUCCUCUACAAUUACUUUUAAGUGAGAACUUCAUCUCAGCUUCUCCUAGUUUAUGUUAUUUUAUAAGUUUUAUAAGUAUGUUAGUGAACCCAAAACCUUUAGGUAAGUGUCAUCAAUGUCAACAGUGUCAUGGCGGCUGUACACACUAACCUAGAGCCUCACGUCGAGACUCGUUCGAGGAGACACCCGUAACGUGUGUACUGUAUACACGCUUAUUCUCAUUUUCCUUGCGAGAUCCAACGAGAUCCUUUGACUCGGACGCAAAAGCCAACAAGCGACCGAGACCCAUGAGACAAGAUUCGAGAAAUCGAGACGAGACGAGAGUACCAAGUACAGGCACGUUCUUUGAUUUAGGAUUCGCCUUAGGUUCAACUUUAGGCGAAUUGUCUUAAUAAGGUUAAUCCAACCUAUUGGACAGCAAAAAGACAUCCUGAGAGCUAAUAUUUUGACCAAUUACGUUGCUGUCACAACGUUAUAUGCACUAUCUAUAGUAUGCCAAUAAAGAAAUUGAUCAGUUUACGCGCCAACGGUUCAAAUCCGGGAAGCAAACAGACAUUUCCGAUUUUGUGCCUAUUAAUCAACUCCUAAUCGUAUUAUGUAUUUGGUAUCGCUUAUAAAAAUAAUUUUUAAUAAAGUAAAGAAAUGUUUAAAUUAAGUAUUUCUGAAAAAUUGGAUACCGAUUUUAAUAAUACAUGUGAUUUGAUGUAAAUAUUUUGGAUUCUCAAUAUUUCCUUGUGUAAAAAUGACAUAUUGUUUAUAUCUAUGGACAAAAUCAAAAACCAAAUGAGGAGCUGGCAAACAAAAUGGUAUAAUUACAUCAAAUUCAAUUUUACAGGAGCUGUAAGAACUGAAUGACAUACCUACUACUAGUGGGCUUUUGGCGUGAUUUUUAAUUUAGUAAUUUUAUCACUAUUUUAGGCGGUUUAGAUUGAAAUGAGUUGAAAUUAAAAUUUAGCUGGGCCAAAACUUCCAGGCUGUAGAAUAAAGUAUUAUAUGGUCAAAACCAUAUGCGUAAUUAUACUGUUUUGUUCGCCAGCUUCUCAAAUUAAUUCCCUUAGCAAGAAGGUUAAUAUUUUUAAAUGCCAUUAAAUUUGAAAAUAUUAUUAGUAUUUAUGACGUUUUCAAUCUAUAUUGAUCUGGAUAUUUUGGCCUUAUUGUAUGCGAAUGUUCAAACCACAUUUCUAAGGAAUGGGUCCCAAAUCUGAGCACUUGACUGAACACACUCAAGUCAUACUCAGUCUUAGGGUCUCGGCGAGUGUGUACAGCCGGCAUCAAAGGAUAACGAUAUAGGUACGGAAAAUUGAACUUAACCUUACGAGAUAAAAGACGAGAUUUGUUCUUCGGGUAAAUAUCACAAUAAUUUUGAGAUUAUUUUUGGUAUACAAAUAGAUAGUUUUGUUAUUUUUAUUUACGCAGAAAAUUUAAUGUUUGGGUCGUAUUUUAGGCCCACUUGCUGUAAUAAGCUAAAUCUCGAUUCAGCUAAAACUAGAUUUAACCCAUAGAAAAAUAUCUAAACGUCAAUGUCAGUUUGAAAUUUUAGUUAAAUUGAGCUUUAGCAAAAUUUACUGCAAGUGGAUCUUAGUUUAAAUAGAUGAUAUAGGGUAAUAAUUUGAUGCAUGUAUUAUAAUAAAGCUAGCGUUCUCGACAAGGACGGAGCACUUUAAAGCAUAAUAAUAUUACUUAAGUAAAUUUGCUCAAGUUGCCAUUUCAUUUAUUUGUUUUUAGUUGGAGCCCUUCAAUGUAAAUAUUUUGUAUGUAAAUAAAUGAGUUCCUAUUUUCA